GCGGGCAUAUGAUUUUACGGGUUUAGCGAACCCGAGGCUCCCAGUUUCUGCUGAUGGAAAGCUCAGGUGGGUGAUUCCAAUUAGCGUGUGGUAUUGUUUCUGGAGGGUAGAGGAAUUUACUUCAGUUGUUAAUAACAUUCUUCAUGUUAAAGGGGAUCAAAAUACUCCCGUGGCACAUUCUACCUGUCGUGAGAGGCGACAAAUGGGACAAAUGCGGAGUUCUAAAAACGAUUUUGGAGAAUUGUCCGGUCAUGAAUGUGCACAAGGAUAG